CGAUGACGCGUCGCGGGUGGGCGGGGGAGAGAGGGAGAGAGAGAGAGAAGGCCGUUGCGGCGUCGUGAGGCAAGAGGAGCCCGCCAGGCCCGAUAUUAAUAAAGCAGCGGAAAGAAGAGAAAUGAAUAAGCUUCCCUCAAGGUCCAGCCCAUCGCGAAGGGCUUUUCCCGGUCCUUCUGGCAGGGAGCCCAUCCCUUACAGCGAGAGAGACGCGCGGAGGGAUCGCUCCCCUAACCAAGGCAGCCCACGCAGAGAUGGCAGGAAUGGCCGAGAUUCCCGGGACGGACGGGAUCUUCGGGGGCGAGAGAUGCGGGGGGGCAGAGAUCAUCGAGACCCCAGAGAUUCCCGGGACGUGAGGGAUUCCCGGGACAUGCGAGAUUCCCGGGACCCUCUCUACGACCGCUACAGGGAGACCAGAGAGACCCCGUACAGGAGAGAGGAAGGCUAUGACCGCUACGCCCGUCCGGACGACUAUUACCGCAGGCGGGAGGAGCCCUCUUACGACCGCUACGGGGAGCCCCUGGACCGGCCCACCCUGGACAGACCCACCAUGGACAGGCCCACCAUGGACAGGCCCACCAUGGACAGGCCUACCCUGGACCGGCCCACCCUAGACAGGCCCACCCUGGACAGGCCCACCCUGAGCACUGAAGAGCGCAUGAAGAGAGAGGAGAGGCGCCGGGAGGAGCUUUACCGGCAGUUCUUUGAGGACAUCAAGAAGCGCAUAGAUACUGAGCGGCCAGUGGAUUGCUCCGUCAUCGUGGUCAACAAGCAGACCAAGGAUUAUGCUGAGUCGGUGGGGCGCAAGGUGCGCGACCUGGGCAUGAUGGUGGACCUCAUCUUCCUCAACUCGGAGAUGUCUUUGCAGCAAGCCCUGGACGACGUGAGCCAGGGGGGCUCCGCCUUUGCCAUCGUCAUCACCCCUCAGCACCAGGUCCACCACUCCUGCACCGUCAACAUCAUGUUCGGUACCCCGCAAGAGCACCGGAACAUGCCCCAGGCGGAUGCCAUGGUGUUGGUGGCCAAGAACUACGAACGCUACAAGUCCGAGGUCCGCGAGAAGGAGCGGGAGGAGAUUGCCAGGCGGGCGGCCAAGAUGGCCGACGAGACCAUCCUGCAGGAGCGGGAGCGCCCCCUGCCGGCUGAGGAGAGUCUCCGCGGGGCCCACCCCCCAGCCAUGCAGGCCCUCCUGAACCUGCUGGCAGACAACCGCUAUCUGACCGGGGAGGAGACGGACAAGAUCAUCAACUACCUGCGGGAGCGCAAGGAACGGCAGCUACGUGCCACUGCCGAGUCCCUUCCCGCUUCACUUCCGGGCAGGCAGACGAUGGGAGCCGCGUCGGGAGCCAUGGUGCCCACUUCCCAGGGACACCAGAGCGGCCAGCCUCUGCCAGCCUCUGCCGCAGCCACCGGGCCCUCCAACCCUCAACAGGAGCUGCAGGCCAAGAUCCUCAGCCUCUUCAACAGCGGGGUGGCCACCGGUGCAGUGAACGUGUCCGGCGGCGGCUCGGGCGUGGGGGUGUCUCCAAAUCCAGAGUUUGCCUCCGGGCCCAGCACGCCUGGCCGAGGCCCCCAGCUGGGCAUGACUGGUGCCUCCCAGUCGCAGCAGCGAGCUCCAUCCCAGGCCAACCAGUUCCCCAACCACCCGGGUUCCACCAGGGUGUCUGGUCCCCGGGCUUCGGCUCCCCCACCACCGUCCCAGCCCCUUUACCAGAACCGGCCACCUGCGCCCAAUAGCGCGGCCGCCGGGCGACCGCCACUGUCCCUGGGGAUCAACUUCGACAACCCCAGCGUGCAGAAGGCCUUGGACACCCUGAUCCAGAGCGGCCCUGCCCUCUCCCACCUGGUGAACCAGACGGUGGGCCAGGCCCGGGCAGUGCCCCCAGCCCAGCAGGGCAUGGGCUCCUACCAGCGGCAUUACUGAUGCCCAGUGGGCUUCUGGCUGCCCGCUCCUGAAUGUUCUGGAUGGUGCAUGUCUCUCCCCCUCCACCCUGGGCAGACUGGGGCUGGGGAAGGCAGUGAGGUCCUGCCCCCUUGCCUUAGGCACCCUCUGCCGCUUGACCCCCCUCAUGGCCUGCUCCUGCCUCUUCAGUUGGGAGGGGGGCCAAGAAAGGGUAUGCUCUCCCAAGCAACGGGGAGCGAUCCAGAGCUUGCGAAGGGGGCGUUGGGCUCGAGGGCUGAUCCGAAUGUGUGGCUGUGGUGGGACUCGGUCUGUCUUUUUCCUGGAGGGUCGGAGAAUUUUUCUGGCUGUCCUUUGGCCUGUGACACCCCCCUCCCCCCACACACUUUGGUUUAAUGUUUAGAAUUUGCAAGUUAAGUUUUGGGGGACCUCAGAUGCCAGUUCUUUUUCCAAAUGGCUUUCAGCAGAGAUCGAUGUUCUGUUCUUUGAUGGUUCACUUAUGUAGAGAUCUCCUCUCUCCUGUUAACAGGAGGACGACAUAACUUUUUAAUAAAAUUUGCAUAUGUAUAUACACACCCCUGUAUAUAUAUAUAUAAAA